CCUUUUGUGCAGUAUACUUCUGUAUUGACAAGCACAGUUUUUUCGUCGAAAACAGAAGGAAAACGAACAGUUGGUUUCAAAUCGGUAGAAAUAUGUUGCAAUAAAGUAAUAUUCCAACCGUAGAUAAGGAAUCGCAUCGACAAUGCUGCGAAAUACAGUGAAUCGACAAAAUGGAAAACGCAUUGUAUCACAGCAAAAGAGGCCAUGGCAAAAAAUUUUGUAUGGCAACAGAGGCUACCCAGAUAACUACACGGACCCGAUGUUUUUGAAGGAUUUACAAAAGAAUAUCAACGUGGAAAUAUUCAAAUAUUCAGAAGCCGUGCUCGGUGCCAUGCGAUUAACUCAUCAACUGUCACUGAUUGUCGUAUUUCUGUUGGUAUAUCACAAUCUUUACGUUCGGCCGCCAUACAUUCCGGUCGAAAAACUCCUGUUUGUUGUAUGUAACAUUUGCUGCAUCGGCUACAUCAUAUUCGUACUGUGGAAUGGGCCGCGAUCGUGCGGCUAUUUGGGAACAAUAAGAGAAGAUGCUAAAACCGUUGCAUGUGUUCUAGUCUUUGGUUUUAUUCUAUCACCAAUGCUGCAUACGUUGACCAAAAGUAUCAGCACUGAUACCAUUUACACGAUUACAUGUUUCGUAUUCCUAUUGCAUGUGAUGUGCUAUGACUACGGAAUGCCGGCUGCAUUAGUUUCACGCGCAAUAUCUUUGAAUGCCGCCAUAUUCGGAACAAUUUGUUUGGCCUCUCGACUUAACACAUCUUUGGAUGCAUUUGUGCUUCUUAUAGUCUCCUUCACACUGUUUGCCGUUUAUCCACAUUUACUGCGAUCGUUGGAAUCACAUUCGAAAUUUUAUCUAUGGCUGGCACCAGUUUUGUUUAUCCGUUCAUUUUUUCCUACGCUCAAAAAUAUAAAAAUAACAUCCACGGACCAUGGGAUGAAGCUGUUGUUGAUACUGAUAGUCGAUAAGAAAAAUAUGUGAUAAAAGAAAAUGUACAAAAAAUAAUAAAUUUACUAUUUAAAACUAAAAGAAACAAA